AUGUGUGAUGACGAGUUAGAAGGGCUCUUAAUUCUACAUUCUGGACAACAUCAAAGCAUUGAUGCCUAUACCAUUUGCGAUUUUGUCUCCCAACUGAUACGCUGCACACAAACGAAAGCGUCACGUCUUGAGAUGCUCAGAAUCUUGGAUUUUGCGAAAUCAGAGUGGCAGUCAUGGCUGGCUUCGGCAGAAUCGAUACUCGACGGGAUGACAUACGUCCCAGUUCUGCAGAACUUGACCACCAUAGAUUUACAGCUGGAGAUGUUUCCUAGCAGGGAGAACAUUUGCAUGUCAAGCCUUGUCGAAAUUACCAAGCAGAAUGCCAACCUGAAGGUCUUGAAAGUACGCACAAGUCCGAGAAGCAUUAGGUACUACCGCACCAGCAGCGAGGAUUGGGCGCCGCUACUUCAACAACUUGGCAGCGAUCCACCGUUUCGUCUCCGAACACUUGAAUUUGAUGGACUUAUCUCGAGUGAAUCGGCACCAACUCUGGACCGUAUUGUUAACACACAUAACCCGACUCUUCGCCGGCUGGUCAUGGAGCAUACUAAUUUCCACUAUCCAAACACCCUCCAUGCUCUCUUCAGCUCUCUGGCCAGGUCAAACGUGAACUAUUUUAAAUCAAACUGGCUGUACCUCCAUCGAGGGUAUUACCUGUUAGCCCUCAGGGUGUACUUUCAAACAAUUUUCGACGAGGUCAUUGAGCCGACAAUUCGACAUAUCGAUGAGUGCGACGACGAAUCUUGUUGGGACUGGGUCGAAGUCUUUUGGGACGUCAGCAGUUUUGACACCCCAUUGGUCUUCGACAAUGAAGAUGGCUGGCAUGGAGAGGGUUGGAUGAGGCACUGCUUCAUGAACACGGUUGCAUCCAUUAAUUGCGGGGCUAUAAGAGAUUAUUGA